UGCUCUGCUCAGCGGGCGCCGUCGCGUUUGCUGCCUGCGUUCCUCUCCAAGGAUGAUAAGGCGCAUGGAUGCAUUCGUCCCAGACCUCGCCGUUAAAUGUGAUAAUACUAACAUCAUUUCCACCGACUAUCCUUAAUUUGAUCUCCGUGUCUUUUCCCCCCGUGUGUGUGGAUUGUGUUCAUCUGUAACCUGCCAUCUCUGUAGCCCCCCGCGUUGCGUUGGCGCUGCGGAAUAGCCUACAAGAACAAGAGUCAGCUCACAGCCCGUGGAAACAAGCGAAUCAAUUUAGGGGAGAGAAAAGAAGAGACAGAUAGGGACGAUCGGGGAAAAAAAACAGGGGACGAGAGGAGAGAAAACAUCGACCUUACAAACGCAUCCUCCGAAACAUGAAGUGAACAGCAACAGAGUCUACAGAGGAAACACAUCCAAGACCAAGACCUCCCAAUUUUUUUAAAUUUCUAUAUAAUUGUCAUGAGAAUUAAAAAUUCAUAGUUCCAUGAAAUAACAUGCUGAAGAGAUCAACUGAUUUUAUAGUCAAAGAAGCAUGAGCAAAGUAAAAUAAGAACCUAUCUGACAGCGUCAUUGCACCCCUUUUCCUCCCAGUUUUUAAAGGACUGCUCGAAGGCAUAAACAGAACAAGAGCGUAAAAUAUGAACAUCAAGACAAGCACUUAAAUCCCCUUGUCUGGAGGUGACUUAUCAACAUCAUAGCAAUAGGGGUGGGUCAUGACUCAGUUGCCAUGCGUGUUGUCAUGGUGACCAGCCCCUGUACCCCUUCCCCCCUCCUCUGGUUGGUCCAGCUUUUGUUGUGGUUUCACAACCAUGGACCUCAGCUGACAGAGGCAGCACCCCCAUGCCCCACCCCUUGUACCUGCUCCAAUCAGGCAAGCCGUGUCAUCUGUACAAGGAAAAGUUUAGACCAAGUCCCAGACAAUAUUUCAGAUAAAACAAGAUACCUCAAUCUUCAAGAGAACACCAUCCAGGUGAUCAAGUCUGAUACAUUUAAACACCUGAGGCAUCUGGAAAUCCUCCAGCUCUCUAAGAACCACAUUCGAGAAAUUGAGGUGGGAGCUUUUAAUGGCCUUCCCAACCUUAACACACUGGAGCUUUUUGACAACCGUCUCACAGUGGUACCUUCACUAGCCUUUGAGUAUCUUAGCAAGCUACGGGAAUUAUGGCUACGAAACAACCCUAUUGAGACACUGCCGGCAUUUGCCUUUCACCGAGUUCCCUCUUUACGCCGCCUCGAUCUUGGUGAACUAAGGAAACUGGGUUUCAUCUCAGAGGCUGCCUUUGAAGGUCUGAUUAACUUGCGCUUCUUGAACCUGGGUAUGUGUGGCUUAAAGGACAUCCCUAACCUCACCCCAUUAGUGAAACUAGAGGAGCUGGAGCUUUCGGGAAACCAGCUGGGAAUAGUGCGACCUGGGUCCUUCCAGGGUCUAGUGUCACUUCGCAAGCUGUGGCUGAUGCACUCCAGAGUGUCAGUCAUUGAACGCAAUGCUUUUGAUGACCUCAAAAACUUGGAGGAGCUCAAUCUCUCCCACAAUUCCCUGCAUUCCCUGCCACAUGACCUCUUCACUCCUUUGCACCAGUUAGAGAGGGUACAUCUAAACCACAACCCCUGGGUGUGCAACUGUGAUGUGCUGUGGCUCAGCUGGUGGCUGAAAGAAACUGUUCCCAGCAAUACCACGUGUUGUGCUCGCUGCCAUGCUCCCCCAGGCCUAAAGGGCAAGUACAUUGGGGAACUGGACCAGAGCCACUUUACCUGCUAUGCCCCGGUGAUUGUUGAGCCACCUACUGACCUCAAUGUCACUGAGGGCAUGGCUGCUGAGCUGAAAUGUCGCACUGGAACCUCCAUGACGUCAGUGAAUUGGUUCACUCCAAACGGUACUCUGAUGACCCAUGGAUCGUACCGAGUUAGGAUCUCAGUGCUUCACGAUGGAACACUGAACUUCACAAAUGUGACCGUGCAAGACACCGGGCAGUAUACGUGCAUGGUGACCAACUCUGCUGGAAACACCACUGCAACAGCUGUACUCAACGUGUCUGCUUCGGAUCCCAACAACAGCUACAGUUAUUUUACCACCGUCACUGUGGAAACAGUAGACUCACACCAAGCGGAGAAAGAAGCAAGACAGGAGAUUAACGAGACUAUGAUUGAAUUCCCAGGUCCCACUGUUCUUGGAGGGGUGGUAGAUGGGCGUCCUGGCAUCACUAUUUCACCCUCUCCCGCCUCUCUUUCUUCACUGUCUCCCAGAGCCAAUAGAGGGAGUGAUGAUACAGUUACUGUGUCUUUCAUGGAUGUAACUAAUAUUCCAGGCCUGGAUGAUGUGAUGAAAACGACUAAGAUCAUCAUUGGUUGCUUUGUGGCUAUUACUUUUAUGGCAGCUGUAAUGUUGGUGGUUUUCUAUAAACUCAGAAAGCAGCACCAGUUACACAAGCACCACGGCCCAGCUAGAGCUAUUGAGAUCGUAAACGUAGAAGAUGAGCUUGGAGCAGGAGCUGGCAGUGGCAUUUCAGGUGGUUCUACCAUGAAUUCUGGCGGUGGCGGGGAAGGAACCUUAAGGAUACAUCACCCUGAAAUCGUCAACAUUCCCAGUAUUGGCCGCACAGAUACUCUCAACCACUACUACAAGACUCAUCAUUUCAACAACAAUGUGAUGGGUCUAAGUAUUGGCACUGAAGGGUUGGGACCAGGAGGCAUCCUCAGUAGCAAGAACCAGUCAGGCCAGGACAUCCCAAUCUCCUGUUCUGCUGUCCCAAUCUCAACAUCUAAUUUGCUUACAACAUCAGGCAAUGGCACCAACACCAACCCCAAUUCUAUGUCGCCACCUCUGCCAAUGUCUCUCCCCAUGCCUACUAUGGGCUUGCAUGGAUCGAUCAAGGGUUUUAUGGGCCAGAACCAGAAUCCCCAAAUGGAGCCCCUUCUCUUUAAGGGGAGCUCGAAGGAAAAUGUCCAAGAGACUCAGAUCUAAAAACAAAGUGAGGGUAUGGAGAGAGAGUGAGCAAGAGUCAAAGACAGAGAGGGGAUUGAUGUUGGGUUUAUGCGCCGAAUGAUAAGACACUAGAGUGCAUUGACAUUACACCAGGAGAGAGGAUAGACUGACACGGCAAUACAAACACGUAGACUUAUCCGUGACAGUGUACUGAGCCAAGGAUUGGACCACAAUGGGCCACUUGUGUUUGUAGUAACGAUCAUGGCCAUGGAGAUCAAGAAAUGGACAUUGCUACAAUGUAAAUCUGUGCCAAAGCAAAUGUUUUUUGCAGUUUCUACAAGCUCUGUUCUCAUAAGGAAAAACUAGCCUUUCAGAGGAAUCAGUCCCAAAAUUGUUGUUGGCCAGCAGAGAUGAAAGACAUGCACAGCACUUACCACAAUGAAGAUUGACAAUAUUACAGAACAAAAUUCAAGAGACAUUUUCUUCCACACAAAACAACAAGCCACACUCUCUCUCAAGAGACUCAAUAGACUCCUUCAAGGUGACAAUUAUGUAGGCAUAAAUAGAAGGACAAAAAGGUACAGUGCAGUACAAACUACUGUGAAAAAUCCACAAAUUAUAUAAAUAUAUUUUCAUUUAAAUAUGUAUCAUUGCAGACUCCAAUGCAGAGAUAUUUUGGGGUGGAUGUAUAAGCUGGUAUAGUUUGUUUCUUUGUUAAUAAUCAGGGGUGGCAAUGGUGGAGGUUGGUUAUGAUACAUGUUUUAAGUUUGGCUACUUCUCAGAAACAUAAGGGCUCAAUUGCAACACUCAUUGUGAAUCUUUGAAUUGGCUUUGUGACAUAAAGUCCAUUUAGGUUGUAGAACAGUAAAUGCAGAUCUCUGUUUGACAAACUUUUGUCUGUUGCUUCAGUAAUAAUCAUUACAAUCUUUUGUGUUCUGAGAGUGUAUUACGUAUUUUGUAAAAGCCAGGUACUUAGUAUUUGAAUUGACAAUUCUGAUACUUAAAUGCCAGCAUCAAACAAUGGUAAAAUAAUGUUUCACAAACACAGAACGGUAUUCCAAUGCAAAGACCUGUAUGGGUAAAAUAAAGUGUUGACAGUGUGUUAUUUGAAUUAGCUCAGUAGCCAGAUAUUUGCUUUUAGAAUGGAAUUUGAUAUGACCUCCUUGCUCGUGGUUACCAUAAUCAUGCCAUAAAAUGCUGUCAUAAGGAUGACUAGACAUCUAUCUGCAGCAGCAGCAUUCAAGAAGGGAUUAAACAUCCAUCUAAGGAUGAUUGGAAUGGAAAUGUACAGUAUAUUAAUAAUAAUAAUAUCUGGUUGUAUGACAAUUGUAAGAUCCACAUUUUUACAGUGUAACUUUCAUAUGUUAAAUGCCAUUUACGCUUCUUGCGUUUCAACUAUGUAUUUCUUUAUUUUUGUUAGUUUGAUAUAAUGUGUACAGUUGUCUAGCCAUGUAUCAUUACGUGUGAAAUAAAUCAAUCAUAUAUUGGGUUGUGGCGGGUCAAUAUGGGAACCACAUACUGUAAGUAACAUUUGUAGAGUGAGACAUUAUGCAGGCUUCUGUGCUAAACCUGGAUUGAAUGUAUGGUUUGCGGUUUAGCCGUUAGUCAUGGUGGUAAUGAUAGGUGCCAUCUGCUCUAUUAACAUGCUCAGACAGGCUUUUAGCCACUCUCUUAUAGAUGGUCCACAAACACUGCUACUGGUUUUAUAAAAUGAGUGUUUUUGAACAGAACUAGAUGAUCUUAUUGUUAACAAAGGCACUUUGGUCUCACAUUAGUCCUCACUCUGCUUCUCUCAUCUUGCUGCUUUAACAGUACAACAGUUUUUGAAUCGUGUGAAAUGGCUGAUGGAUUGAGGAAAGAAAUACAAUUAUUUUUUUUUUUCUUUUUCUUUUUUUUUGAUACAGACCAUAUUUAUCAAGCAGGAACCUAAAAUGUUUGUUGCAAUUGAGCAGAAGCUGGAAACACAACCAGUUAUUCCAGAUAAAUGUACCUGAGAUAGUAUUAUCAAUGAAAUCAUAUCAACAAGGUUUCUGACCUUAAUGCAGCUCUUUAUGGGAUUUUUGCUGUUUUUUUUUUUUUGUUGCACCCCUCCCUCAGACCUGCAUAGGGGCUGUUUUAUGUGAGUGAUGAUGUUUUUUUCUUAUCAGCAAUGGGACUACACUUAUUGAAAGAAAAGGACCACAGAGGAGUAGUAAUAAUGACGAUAGCAUGAUUUACAAUAUCAGACAAGAACCCACCCGGAUUGUACUGUCACAGAGGUUAAUGUAACUCUAUGAAAGGAACAUCUUCUACAUCAGUGCCCACGAAGUUCACACCAGUUAAAACUACACACACCUAAAUCAUUUUUUAACAAUACUGUAUGUCUGAUUAAAUGGAAAGAAAAAAAUGUAAAAACCAAUCAAAUAACUCAGGUGGUCUAACUUGCUGCCAUGUAUUUUCUCUAUUUGGUGUCACUGUUUAUGGGGUGUUAAUCGGAUUCAAAAGUGUUAUACCAUAGUAAAUGUAAAUGUUUUGCCACCCAGCAGACAGAUCUAGUGGGCAGGGUUCAACUGUAGCCCCACUGAGACACAAAUAGAAUAUAAAUGAAGGCUAACGACACAACAUAUGGCCGCUCCCUUGAUGUGCUACAUUCGGUGGCUCUGUCGUCAGAUUUCAAAGAGCAUACGAGAUAUUUCCUCGUGGGCUGCGUGUGAAGGUUCAUUUCUGCAUAUUAACCAUGAAACAUAUUCACUCACAUGAACGCUGCUGUAGCAGCAUUUAAUAAUGAUAUUUCAUCUAACCAGCACAGAAAUGUUCCUUUCAUACCUCUGGACAUCCAUAACAUGCAACAGGGUUAUUAUUAUUAUCAUUAUUAUUAUUAUUAUUAUUAUUAUGAACAUUUGGAAGAACUGCAGAAGGGCUUUGUUGCAUCUUAGUAUAGUGGCUGCCAUUGUACAUACAGAGCUUGAUGCUAUUUAAAAGGAGGUACAUUCAAGUAAUGUAACCAUCACAAGACCCCUUUUAAAGAAGAUGAUGAGCUUGAGACUGGAAUCUGAAUAUAUGCAUAUUCAGAAACUGUACCACACUGUAUAAUAUUGUGUCAGUUGAUGCAGUUUGGCUACAGAUGGAGUACUGGCAUAUGUUUAUCCACUGCACCACCCGUCGCUUACGAAGGAUGCUGCAACCCAGAUGACAUUUCUUGGUUUGUCAGAGGCAAACAUCCUUAAUUAAUGGAUUAUUGUAUCUGACAUGACACCAUAUUGCAAGACAAGAAAAGGGACUGACCUUUUGGUCCUUUAAAGGUAAGCUGUUUUGUUUGAUAAAACAAUUAAAAAGGAAAAGGAGCUGGGUGUGUCAGAAAUGUUUUUUAAAGAAAGGCCGAACAGUGUUAAGCUAUAGAAAAUUUAGAUUUCUUAAAUGCAAAACAAUAAAAAAAUGUCAUUUUUUUUUAUGUUUAUUUUUUCCAAGUUGUUGGUUGUAUCUCAGUAUGUGAUAUUAUCAAUUUGGGUUUUUAUGUAUUGUCAUUAAAUGUCAUUUUUUCACACAUUCAUCCAGGUACACAGUGUUGCUGAACAGUGUAUUUCUUCAAUUAUAACAAAAUUAACGAGCUGUAUUUGCACCUCAUUGAUGUUCUUACAUUAUAUCACUGUUUAUUACUUA